AACACAUAUAUACCCACACACAGGGUACAUUCUUCUUGCCGGGUCACCCACAAGGUACAGAGGUUAAACUGGGCAAAACCACUGCAGCUGCCUGCCAAGAGCUUGUAACGAGGAUAUUAGUGGAGGCAGCGGCUGGUGCCAAACUGCUAUAGAGCUUCCAGCUGACAGGGACAAUACCGAGGGCAUUAUCUGCUGGCGCGACACUACCCAGGCAGCCUGUCACUGUGCGGUGUUUAGCUGCUAUCGUUUUAUCCGUCUUCUUAAAGGGCUGCCGCCAGGGUGGGAUGCUCCGAUGGCUGUGCCUAUACUCGGCGCUGUGCGCUCUGACCCACGGCUCCUCGGCUCGCUCCCUGGAGUGGUUCACUGCUCUGGUGCGCACCGAGUAUACCGAGCCGCUGACUAAUAGCUCGGUGACGGGCAGCACGGAGAGCGGUCGCUAUGGGGACAGCUCACCCAAGGAGAGCGUGAAGGGCUUCGUGGGAUACCCUCGGGAUCCGUGGCAACUGGAAGGCUGUCACCCGGACACCCAGUAUAUUGUUCCAGGCACGUCAGCAGCAGCAGCCGCGGGGCCGGACUCGGAGUGGACUCAACCGUGGAUCGCGCUGGUAGCUCGGGGCGGCUGUACCUUCAAGGAGAAAGUGUUUAACGCAGCCAAUAGGGGGGCAUCAGCUGUGGUCAUCUACAAUGAGGCUAAGAGUGGCAAUGCCACCGUGUCCAUGUCUCACCUGGGAACAGGGAAUACAGUGGUGAUUAUGGUGAGCUAUCCAAAAGGAAUGGAGAUCAUGGAACCCUUGAGAAGAGAUAUACCAGUAAAAAUGGUUAUAACAGUGGGUACCCGCCAUGUCCAGGAAUUCAUCAGUGGGCAGUCAGUGGUAUUUGUUGCCAUUGCAUUCAUAACUAUGAUGAUCAUCUCGUUGGCCUGGCUUAUUUUUUACUACAUCCAGAGGUUCCUGUACACUGGUGCACAGUGUGGCAAUCAGAGCAACAGAAAAGAGACAAAAAAAGCCAUCAGCCAAUUGCAGCUUCACAGGGUGAAGAAAGGCGAAAAGGGUAUUGACAUUGAUGCGGAGAACUGUGCCGUGUGCAUUGAAAAUUACAAAACCAAAGACCUUGUUCGCAUUCUGCCAUGCAAGCAUAUUUUCCAUAGGCUCUGUAUAGAUCCAUGGCUCAUUGAACACAGAACAUGUCCUAUGUGUAAACUAGAUGUCAUCAAAGCUCUUGGGUUUUGGGUGGAGCCUGAAGAGACUCUGGAUAUUCAUGUGCCUGACUCCAUUGCUGGCAGCAGCCUUUCCAUUGGGACUGUGAGCAUUACCCAAGAGGAGAGCAGGAGUGAAGGAAACAACCUGCCUUCCUCUUCAACAGGCAGCUCAUUACAACAAAGUAACAGUGUGAAGGAUGAUGCUGGGGAAACAACAGCAUUGCUAGAUGAUCCGGGCAAUGACAAUGCAGCAGCAACACACACGCAAGACUCUCAUUAGCUUGCCCUUUGGAGGACACACCAACCGACUGUUGGAACUCUUUUAUGUCAGAGGUUUAUUUAAACCAUUAGGUCUUAAUUUAAAAUUGAGGAGAUCCUAGUCUGCUGCCGUUUACAAGAUUAAGGCCCUUUUCUUGUGCAGAAUUGGAAUCUUGACCUUUAAUAGGAAACUGGUCAACACAAGUUCUGAUUGGGUCAUGUGACGUUUCAUGCCGACAGGCCCAAACACAGACGUAAAUGGAUCAUAGUGGAUCUCUUUACGCUUUGUUCUCCACUUCAUGUCAGUAAAGCAAAUCUCUGUUUUGUU